AAUACUCAAAUGCCAGGGGAUAGCAUCCGGGAUUAUCCUCCACCACUAAAAGCAGAAAGUCGCCAUAUCACCUCAAAUUGUCUUGGCAUGACGUUAAACCCAACAAAAACAAAACAAAUAUAUUUGGCCGAGCACCCAGCUCAAGAUAAUAUUGGAUGAGCCAGUAUGUUUUCACCGAUAAGCAUAUGAGCAAUUUUGUUUUACGAGGUGUUCGGGAGACAGUAAAACAACUAUUGUCCCUCGAUAUUAAGCUCUUCAUUAAGGAAAUAGAUUCUAACUAUUCUCUAAACACCUAUGAAGUAAUGGGAAGAUGGCGUUAUACUAAUACAAACGGUUACCAAAUCUGCUACCGAAAAAAUGCAAUGGUGUUUACAAAGCUUACCAUGGAUACGGUAUAUAUCUAUGUCAUAAAGUAGACAUUUUCGUCACAGGUAGCGAGUAGUAUAAAAAAGUAUAAAACUUGAUGCCAUGUCUAUCCAUUCAAAAGACUAUCUGUCGGACGCUCAAGUUUAAUUAAGUAACAAAAGUUACACAUGAUAUCAGUCUCAACACAAUUUGAAUACAUAAAAUUUGCCAUGAAUGUAACAAAAUACGUUAAAUAUGUUUAAGGUAGAAACUAACCAUGUCUAUAAUAUCAUUGGCUUGUUACAAACAUUCAAAAAAAAAUUGCUUCAGUUGGUGAAACCUCUGUUAACAAAAUCAUAAAAAAUCAAAGUCCUGCGUACAAUUGUAAUUUUCUGUCCAGAUGAACCAGAGUAAAAAUAAAUCUCUUUUUUGCAUAGUGUUCUCAUCAAAGGCUGUUUUGUACAAAUAUACGUACACUGUGCUGUAUCAAUGCUUACUUACAAUGAGAGUCCGACGCCAUAUAAUGAGCAUUAUCGUUGAAUAUUAAUGUCGUAUGUUCAGCCAAUAUUGUUAUCAAGCCUUGUCUAAUAUAUUCUCAUAUCAAUGGUAGCUGGAAAUUGCAGACAAAUUGCAUCAUGUCUGUUGUUUCUUUGUUAGUGCGGAAAUGUGGUAUCUUACGACAGUUUGUUGCAAUGUUUUCUCCCCAAAAAUCUAUAUUUAUGAAAUCAAGUUAUAUCAUACUUUGCUGCCAAAUGAACCCAAUUAAACGGUACUUGUCUGAAAAUGUGUCGACGUGUCUUUGCUUGCAUAAACCAAAGAAAUAAUCUGGCAAAUCAUCGACAGAAAACCAAAGACAUUUUUUCAGCUUUUUAAAUCGCCGAAAUAAAGAGUCUACGUCUUUACGAUACCAACCGAUUGUAAUAAAUAACUAGAACUGAAUUGAUGAAUGCAGGUGUAUUUUAUUCGAUUUAAUUUGCUAGUCAUAUCAAAAAUUAAAAUUUAAAAUAACAUUUUUCUUGCCACCUUAAUACUCAGUUUUAGCUUUUUGUCACGUUUUGUUCCAUUCUACUUCAGUAAACUUUGUUAAUGAGAAAAAUGAUAUAACUGAUAUCUAUUUGCAGAUCUGUUUCAGAAAAACUUCAGCCCAAAUAGCGUUUAUUCUCGAUGAUCCGAUAUAUGCCGGGAAGAUGCCCGCAACCAUUGCUGGCCAAGAAUACGGGGUUAACUGCCAUAGUUAUCUUUCAUAUGGUGCCACUCUUAUGUCUGAAAGAAUAGCUGAGUUGCUUGUACAGGAAAACAAGCAUGCCAAUGUGAUUGUCAGUCCCUGUGUGUUGAAAUGAGACUCCAGGAACGGAACUUUAGGAUACAAAAUGGUGGCCAUGAUCGGCAGAGGAAAUGCGUCACUAUGUGAAGACCUACUCAAAAAUUACCUAGCACCUGCUGAUGACGACAUGUAUUCUCCAAAGCCUUGUUCGAUUGAUCAGGUGUAUCAACCGUCAGUGAAAAACAAACAAUUCUUUACCUUUGGCCUCAUCUACUACCUAGCAAAGGAUUUUGGAAUACUGAGUGAACCAGGUCUUCUUGAUUUGAAACAGCUUCAACAUACUGUCAGGGGAUACUGCGAACAGAGUUACGAGUAUGCCACGGUAACGUUGGGAAUGUCAGAGAAGUAUGCCUCAAGGAACUGCCAGGACGGAUUGUACAAACCACUACUGUUUUCUGCCCUCGGUCUGGACAUUGACAAUGUCAUUGCAGCCAAGGACUUAAAGGGAUCCUCAAUUGUAUGGAGUCUUGGUGGAAUGUUGUAUGAAGAAGAGAGAAAUAGGUAUCAAGAUGAUGGAAUUAUAGAAGAGCAGAACCAAUUCAAAAAAAAGCUGUCAUGACGAUAUUCAAGACUUUAGUGAAUUUUAAUCUCCUUAAAGUUUUCUUGUUUUGUUUUUCAUGACGUUGAUUCAUGUUGUGGGAAUGUUUUUGAUGAUGACAACAUACAACCUUUCUGCAAUGA